AUGAUUGCUGCAACGGAGGGUGGUGGGCCAUCUAAUGGCAGUGCCGUCACAGGAUAUGGUGGCGGACCACCGGAUGCCGGUGCUGUCACAAGAGAUGGUGGCAGGCCACCAGAUGAUGGUGUCGGUUCAAGAGACGGUGGCGGGCCGCCGGAUAAUGGUACUGCCUCAAGGGAUGGUGGCGGGCCGCCGGAGGAUGACGCUACUUCAAGAGAUGGUGGUGCGCCACCGGAAGAUGGCACAAAGCUAGCAGCAUUCUAG